UAACAGAAACACAAUUUCGUAUUAGGGUUUUCUCUCAUCACACUCUUCACUCACUCUGAGUAUCCAUCGCCGCCGCAUAACAACAAUGUCUGACGAGGUUCCCAAAGCCGAAUUCUCCGACAGCGUCCUGAUCAAAUCCAUCAUCCGCCGUGAAGACGGUGGAUCAGGUUUAGCAGGCAAGAAAGCAAGAAUCGGGGGAUGGGUGAAAACCGGAAGAAAAGCCGAUAAGGACGCUUUCGCCUUUUUAGAAUUGAACGACGGAAGCUGCGCCGGUAACCUUCAAGUUAUCAUCGACGCUUCGCUUGCUGAUCUUGGACAACUUGUUCAGACUGGAACUUGUGUUGUUGUUGAGGGACAUCUCAAACUUCCUCCUUCUGGAGCGAAACAGAAGAUCGAGCUUCGUGCUGAAGAGGUUCUUCAUGUUGGUCCUGUUGAUCCUGCUAAAUAUCCUUUGCCUAAAACGAGACUCACUCUUGAAUCCUUGCGUGAUUUUGUUCACCUUCGUUCAAGAACCAACACGAUAUCUGCUGUUGCUCGGAUUCGGAAUGCUCUUGCUUAUGCUACACAUACAUUUUUCAACAAGCAUGGGUUUCUUUAUGUGCACACGCCAAUUGUCACGACUAGUGAUUGUGAGGGUGCUGGUGAAAUGUUUCAAGUGACAACUUUGUUCAGUGAAGCAGAGAGGUUGGAGAAGGAACUGAUACAGAAUCCUCCUCCAACUGAAGCUGAUGUUGAAGCUGCUAAGCUUGUUGUUCAGGAGAAGGGGGAGGUUGUUUCACAAUUGAAAUCUGCAAAAGCAGAUAAGAAGGAGAUUAGUGCUGCUGUGGCUGAACUUAAAAAAGCAAAAGAAAAUGUAUCCAAGCUGGAGGAAAGAUCUAAACUUCAGCCCGGUAUUCCUCGAAAGGACGGAAAGGUGGAUUAUACUAAAGAUUUCUUUGCCCGUCAAGCGUUUUUGACUGUUUCUGGUCAGCUUCAAGUUGAGUCUUAUGCUUGUGCUCUUAGUCGCGUGUAUACAUUUGGCCCGACAUUUCGUGCAGAGAAUUCUCACACUUCCAGGCAUUUGGCUGAAUUUUGGAUGGUAGAACCUGAAAUUGCGUUUGCAGACUUGGAGGAUGAUAUGAAGUGCGCCGAGGCAUAUGUGAAAUUUUUGUGUCGGUGGUUACUUGACAACUGCCUUGAGGAUAUGGAAUUUAUGGCCGACAAGUUUGAUAAAGGUUGCAUUGAUCGUUUGAAAAUGGUUGCCUCAACCCCCUUCAUUCGACUUACAUAUACAGAAGCCGUGGAAAUAUUGGAAGAAUCUGUGCAGAAUGGUAAGAAAUUUGAGAAGGAAGUAGAAUGGGGAAUCGAUCUAGCUUCAGAGCAUGAAAGAUACCUAACAGAGGUUAAGUAUCAGAAGCCUGUCAUUGUCUAUAAUUAUCCAAAAGAUAUCAAAGCAUUCUACAUGCGCCUCAAUGAUGACUUAGAGACAGUGGCUGCUAUGGAUGUUCUUGUCCCAAAGGUUGGAGAGUUAAUUGGUGGAAGCCAAAGGGAGGAGCGUUAUGAUGUCAUUCAACAAAGACUAGAGGAGAUGGAUCUGCCUGUUGAGCCAUAUGAAUGGUACAUUGAUCUGAGGCGGUAUGGAACAGUGAAACAUGCUGGAUUCGGUCUUGGCUUUGAAAGGAUGAUUCUUUUUGCUACUGGCCUGGAAAAUAUUAGAGAUGUGAUUCCCUUCCCACGAUAUCCUGGCAGAGCAGAUUUAUGAUUUUUAUUACUGAUUACUAAAAUAGCUACUACAAUUCCCUUGCUGAAGUAGUUGAGCUGAAAACAGAAAUUGUUUCGAUGUGUUGAGCUGAAAACAGAAAAAUUGUUUCGAUGUAGAGCAUAAAUUUCAGUCUUAUGUCCUGGGUACACUCUUUUACCAACUAAUUUACUUUCGAGAGAAUGCCGGGUUUUUGGAUGUUAAAUCUAUUUUUAUUUCUGCUUUUUUUUUUCUUUCUAUAGAAUUGAAACAACUUGUUAGGCACAGAUUGAUUCAACGAGUUAUAUUUGGUUUUAGGUGCCAUUUAACCUGGGAAAGGGGAGUAGUUUCCCAUCAUGGGAAAGUUUUGUUUUGAGCAUGAGAUUGAAGAGGAGUACUGAUCUUAUAAUAGUCUGCCAGUAUUAUAUUUUUUUCUCUCUCUUUCAUACUAUGUUGAAGCCCAUGAAUGCGGACUUUUUCCGAGGAUCUAAAAUUCAUGUUAUCAUAGGAGAGCAUAAAUCAUAUCAUCUUAAA